CUCCCAAUGACCUUCAUCCGGGUUCUGCAUAGUUUCUGAAAUUUUUUCGAAAAGAAUAAUAUUGGUAUUUUUCCCAUUUUAAUUCAAUACUUUGUCCUAAUACAUUUAUAUUCUCAUGCCAAGUUGACUUUCAAAGUCGUCGUUUACGACUAAUUGGGUGACGUGUCAAUCCAGCACCGAAUUUCUCCGUUUAGAGGAAUUGAAGUCACAAUUCAGGUACCUGUAAUUAUAUAAGAUGGCUGAUGGGGAUGAGCGUAGGCGUGGGGAUGAUAUGGAGGGUGAAUCCUCUGGUCCCGGUGCAGCAUAUCAGAUGUUUGUCCAAAUGGAAGACAUGAUAGACAAACUAAAGCUUCUUCAUUAUGAAGAAGAAUUCUGCCGUCAGUUAGGAUUUAAACCAUUUUCAAGACACUACUUUGCAAUACCUACCAACCCUGGUGAACAGUUCUACAACUUCACCUCCCUGGCUGCCUGGCUACUGAGGGUAUCUGGUAAACAGUUUGACCAGCCGCAAGAGUAUGAUGAUCCCAAUGCUACCAUCUCUAGUAUCCUAGAAGAGCUCAGAGGUUUUGGCCAUGGAGUAGACUUUCCACCCUCUAAGUUGAAGACAGGCUGUGGAGAGCAAUGUAUUUAUGUCUUAGACUGCUUCUCAAAUGAGGCCCUCAAAACAGCCAAUUUUUCAUGGAAAAUGCCUGUGUAUCCCGAGGAAGAGACUGAAGAAGAUGUUAUAGAAGAUGAUGAUGCUGAGUUAGACUUGAACAAGGUAGAAGAGGAGAUGCAGGAAGACAUUGAUGAGGACUUUGAAGAGGAAGAGAAUAUUCUUGGCCUUGAUGACCUCAAGAAAAUGAGGAAAAACCAGGAAAAUGCUGAGAGCACAAAGCCAGAGGAGAUCAUGCAAUCCAAUACUAAUGCAGCUGAUUGGAAACUUGAAGUAGAGAGAGUCCAACCACAACUCAAAGUCACUAUACGGACAGAUAAUAAAGACUGGAGGGUACACAUAGACCAAAUGCAUCAACACAAAGGGGGCAUUGAAACAUCUCUGAAAGAAACCAAAGUUUAUCUAGACAAACUCCACGAUGAAAUCUCAAAGACAUUAGAAAAGAUAGGUAGUAGAGAGAAAUAUAUUAACAACCAGCUUGAACAUCAUCUUCAUGAGUUCAGGGCGAUGCAGGAUCAACUGGCAGAAGCUAAGGAGAGAUAUAGACAAGCUAGUGGAGGAGUCACUGAAAGAACCAGAACACUUGCAGAGCUAACAGAUGAACUUGAUCAAGUCAAGAUGCAAAUGGAAGAGAGGGGGACUAGCAUGACAGAUGGAACACCACUUGUGAAGAUAAAGCAAGCGUUACAGAACCUUAAGAAGGAGAUCACACAGAUGGAGAUUCGUAUGGGUGUAGUGGAACAUGUACUUCUACAGGCACGAUUAAAAAGCAAAAACAGUAAUAAAAUAACAAAUAAUAUGGACAAUGACAUGGAUGAUAAUGAGUAUUGAUUUUACUAGUGCUUACAGUUUGGAGAGGAUUGUCGUUUAUCCCAAGAGGGGAUAUUGAAAUAAUCCACUCUCCUCUAAUUCCUUUAUUGGAAUAUUAGAGGAAGCACCAACUUUAUUUUCCGUCCUUGAAUUGUAAAAAUAUCUGCAGACUUCAUCCAUUUUGAACUAUGGUGGGGAUAUUGUCCCUCCUGCCAUUUUGAAAUCUGUUAGAGGCUUAUUUAUUUAGGGAACAUCUUGUAAGGUCAAUGUAGGAAUAAUAAUUUUAUAUGGGCCUUUAUACUCAGCCUUUCUGGCAUUGGUAUUAAUAAGUGCAUUCCUCAUUCAUUACUUAUCCAUUAGAACAUUAUAAUUCAAUAUGGGUUAGAAUUUUACAAAUGAAGACAAUGUAUACCAACAUUUCCAAAUAUAGUAGUCAGAAAAGACGGCAUUAAUUAACAAAUCUGGAAAUAAAGUAAAUAGUCCUACAUUGACUUUUGAGAUGGAGGGCACAAACUUCUAAAUCAUUCCAGGCACUAGGGAAGCGGAUAGACCAUUAGAUCUUAGGGACUAAAAAUAUAUUAAAAGAAAAAUAUUUGUGUCCUGAUUUUGAGAAAACAGUUUUGACAAUAUAAAAUUAUGGGUCUCAUAGUUCUGAUGGUUUUACAUGGUCAAGAUAAUGAUGUAAAAUCUAGAUUCAAUCCCAAACAUGCAUAACUUAUUUGUUCCAUGAAAACAUCUAGGAUUUUGAAAUAUUGAUUUCAUUUUGUUAUAUUUCCUGUGAAAGUUGAUUCAACGAAUAAAGGUUUUACACUUGAAAUGGCAUAUUUUUAGAAAUGAGAUACUCAGAUUUUUGUACAAAGAAGGAUCUCUAUCCUAUCUGCAUCUUGUCUAUACUAAAAAAUAGAUAUAGUUGUGUCCACCAUGCACCAAAAUUGUCAUGUUUUGUCAUGCUGCCAUGACAUCCAUUUUCCAAACAAUACUCUUGUAUUCACUCAUAGAUCUGUGAAAUAAUUGCCGUCCUAAAUAAUACUGUAAUAUAACUUAUUGAAUAUAAAUAGUGUAUAUUUCUAUGGAAUUGUAAAUAAAGAGAUACAAUAUAUGA